AUGACAUUUGGCUAUUUUGGAAGUUUAGAAUAUCAUGCCUCACAACGAGUUUUGGAAUUAGAAGCCACACCACACGGGGCAACUGUUAAGGAAAAAGAGGAUAAAAUAACCGAAUUAGAAGCCCGAAUACUUCAAUUGGGGGAUGAAAAAGGCAAAUUAGAGAAAAAUAAUAGUAAUCUCCGUAAUCAGAUAUCAGUAUUAAAUAAAAAACUUGCUGAUGAGCGAACUAAUAGCACACUAAAACUAAUCAACCAAGCCAACACAUCACGCCAAUUUUACGCUGAUAUUAUCCAAAUUGAUAAAGCCGAUUUAGUAAAAGAAAAUAUUGGAUUAAAAAAUAAUGAGACAUUGGAUAAAAACCAUGUCAUCGCUGAACUUGCUGACACUAAAAAAGGCUUACAUGACUUAUUAAACAAACCAACCCGCGACAUGGAAACUCAAACUGACCUCACGGGCGAGGAUGAUAUUGACGAUGAACUAGUGAAAAGGGGACAAGUCGCCGUCCUAGAAUUUGGCAAGAGUGGGGAAAAGUUUUUAGCCGAUAUAAUCACCGACGAAAGAGAUUUAUUAAAAGGAGUAAAACGAACUACUUUACAAUUAAUCGAUAAUGGCAGUGUGAAAUUUAGCACUGACCCGAAACUGUGGCAAGAAAUCACCAACAAGGAAACAGGAUUAAGCAAAGAAUAUUUAAAAUUAGAAAAGUUUGUAAUUUUCAAAAAUAAUAAGGAUGCGACACCAUAUUUAGUCCAUUUUGACUAUUACGCCCAAAAGUUAGUUAAUGUCAUUAGAAAAAUGGAAAUGGAUAUGUUUAUGUCUGAAAAAAAAUUAAUGUUUAUGGUCUCCGAACAACCUGACGAGGAGGAUAUAGAUUAUUUGGUUAAGACCUUUCAGAAAGGAAUUUUUGUUUUUCCUAAUUUUGAGAAGUCCAGCAAUCCCAGUAAGACCGCCAGCAAAGAGGGUAAACAAGGAGUGCGUCAUGAUGUAUUAGCUGACAAAGAGGAACGGGCACCAGUCGCCGAAGUGCGAGCCAGCGGACGAACUUUUGAUGCUUUUGAGAAACGAGCCUGA